UUCAUUGUUUGUUCGUCCCCACAUACCCCUCUCUAGGAGAGUAGACGACGUUCUUUCAUAACUUUGUGGCCAUAAAGGCGCAUUCUUUACGCUGACAUCCUCGUUAUCUGCCGAACGCCAACGCCAUCUGAAUCUAGACAUAUAUCUUAUACUAGUCGUACUAUUUAUUCCUAGUUUACAUCUUCUGAGCAUUUAUCCACAGUUCGACCUAAACGUUCGAGAGAAUGGUGUCGAGUGAAGCUGGUAGCGCGAGUGCGUUGAGGGAUAUAGCAUUUGGUAGUACAGCCGGUAUGAUCGCCAAAGUAUUCGAGCAUCCAUUCGAUCUGAUAAAAGUACGUUUGCAAUCGCAGCCGCUGGACAGGCCGGCAAGGUUCCUAGGACCGAUAGAUUGCUUCAAGCAGACGCUCGCAGGUGAAGGAUUCCUUGGUUUAUACAGAGGUCUCUCUAUGCCUGUAAUAGGUUCGAUGGUGGAGAAUGCUACACUUUUUGUUGUAUAUAAUCAAGCUCAGGACGUUAUUAGGAGUAUGUCCGCUAUCAAGUCUGGCGAAAGUCUCAGCCUCGGUCAGCUCGGUAUAGCGGGCGGUGUAGCUGGCGGUGUGACAUCUUUUGUCCUUACGCCUAUCGAAUUCAUCAAAUGUAGAAUGCAAGUGCAAAUGUUGUCACAUAUGGCUUCGGCUCAGUCACCUCAUCCGGCUAAGACAAAAGUACCAGGUGCAGUUAGUCUCUUCCUCGACACCCUUAAGACACGUGGUGCCUCUGGUUUAUGGUUAGGCCAGACCGGUACCUUUAUCAGAGAAGCUGGUGGCAGUGUCGCCUGGUUCGGAGCCUACGAGUUCCUUAGCAGGUCUUUCCUUCCUAAUGGCUCGACUGAUAAAUCACAACUUAAAACGUGGCAGCUUGUCACUUCCGGUGCCAUCGCGGGUGUCUCUUACAACGUCAUUUGCUUCCCAGCUGAUAGCGUUAAGUCAGCUUUGCAGACAUCGGACGAACUCGGUGGUCAGGUAGUAAAGAAAAGGUUCUUCCAGACUGGUAUGGAGAUCUACAGGAGCAGGGGUCUCGCUGGUUUGUAUGCAGGUAUGGGUGUCACUAUCGCCAGGAGUGCUCCAUCGUCAGCGAUGAUUUUCACCAUCUAUGAAUUCCUCAACCAGACGUUUUAACAAUGCUGAUUAUUAAUAAAUAGAAGAAUAUAGAUGUACAUAAACAUGCAGGGUU